AUGCGAAAUCCAAACAUAGGAGAAGAUCACAACUCCUACAAGUAUACCCAAGUCUACGUACAAGGAUACACGCUCUCGAGGUUAGGCCUAGCCUGCCGCAUCAGUUUCUCGACAGAACAAAGCCAAACGACGAUCGAUUGGUCAAACUCGCCACGGUUGAAGGCGGGAACUAUGAUUGUAUUGUCUCCUAAAAAAUCUGGCUUUUCCCGGAAGUUCUUCGUUGCGAGCGUGGUAGCGCGACCAGUCUUGGGAGGCUUACUACCAGAUGCUGGCGAAGCAGAGGACACUCCUCCCCGAAUUGACAUUAUGUGGUCAAAUCCAAAGGACGCCAUACUAGACCCCAGUGUUGAGAUGGUCAUGCUCGAGUCCAAUGGCGGGUAUUUUGAAAGCGUCAGGCAUUGCAUGAUCGGGCUACAACAUGCCGCCCUCGAGAAAACGAAAUUUGAUAAGUAUAUCAUCGAUGGGUGUACGGAUGAGUCCGAGGCCGAAUAUCUACAAAGGCCUGGUGUAUUCACUCCAUCAAAAGUCAAAAGCUUUGACGAGUCUCAGCACCAGGCAUUCCACCGGAUGACAACACAGGAAUUGGCCAUUGUUCAAGGACCCCCCGGGACCGGCAAAACAUUCACAUCUGUAGUUGCUCUCGAGAGUUUGGUUGAGACUCUCUUGGAGGCCGACGCCCCACCAAUCAUUGUUGCAGCCCAGACCAACCAUGCUCUUGACCAAAUUCUCUCAGCAUGCAUGGGAGAAUUUGGGGCAAACAUUGCGAGACUUGGCGGUCGCUCCAAGGAAGCUCAGAUUGAAGAAAGAAGUUUGUUCAAUUUGAGACUGAACUCAAAGCUGGGUUAUAGCCGCGAGGAGUCUCAAUACCGCAAUGCCGCCGAAAAGGCCUGGAAAGCGGUGUGCACCCGUGUCCUAAACACCAUCAACAUGUGUUUCCCCAGUGACAACUCUACGUUGAUUUCGCCUGAUGUGUUUAGGCGCGAAGGGGUCCUGAACCAAAAGCAGUACGAGUCUCUAUUGAACCCAGGCAACGAAUUUGCCGACAAACGAGACGCUGGAAAUGAGCCAGAGCCAAUGGAGAGGUGGCUUGAUCUCGACGCCAAAAAGGAGCGUCCGGAAGAUGAUGCCUCAGAUCAGCCAGAUGAUCCAAAUUUAAACAACAACUCGAGAUUCGGCGAGCAAGAUGAAAGAGAACGCCUCAGAGGCACUUUCAUCCCUGUCAAAAGGUCCACAAUGGUCCCGAGUAGCUCCAAUACUAUGCAUCAUCGUGCCUCGAAGCAGCUACAGUCUCGUUCCGACCUAUACGAUAUCAAGCCGCAGUUAAGGUCCGCAGUCUACGACUAUAUGUGCCAGAAGCUCAUUGACAAGGCAACGACGAGCUUCCCCAGCAUCCUUGCAGAGUACCAAACCUGCUGCCAAGACCUUACGAUCGCAAGACUAGAAAGAAGUGCCAAGGUCCUGCGCGACGAGAAAGUGAGCAUUAUCGGCUGUACAACGACUGGACUUGCCAAAUAUCGGGGCCUUAUAAGCGCUAUGAAACCUAAGAUUCUUCUUAUUGAAGAAGCUGCGGAAACACGUGAAGCAAAUAUUACCUGCGCAUUAUUGCCUUGCUUGGACCAGGUUAUCUUAGUUGGUGAUCACCAACAACUUGUCCCGCAUGUCGAUGUCAAUGAGCUUGCCUCAAAGCCCUUCAACUUCGACGUAUCACUCUUCCAACGACUGGUGGGCCUUCAAUGUCCCUACUCAAUGUUACAAACCCAGAGAAGAAUGAUUCCUAGCAUUCGAGAGUUAAUUCGAGGUUUCUAUCCAGAGCUCAAGGAUCACGAAACCGUUCUUGACCCCACGAAGCGACCGCUAAUCCCUGGCAUGGGUAAGACCAGCAGCUGGUGGGUUUCCCAUGAUUUCGUGGAUUCUCGAAGUAGCACUAUGUCCUAUGUGAACUUCGACGAAGCCGAAAUGAUUGUAGGCUUUUCGCGAUACCUCGUCCGAAACGGCGUCAAGCCAAGCGAGAUCACGAUCCUUACCUAUUACAACGCCCAGCUCGAGCAUAUUACAACAGCCAUCAGCGAAGAUAAAUUUCUCAGUUCUAAAAACCCCAACAAUGAACUGUCAGUCCGAACAGUCGACGGGUUUCAAGGAGAGCAAAACGAUGUGAUCAUUCUGUCUCUUGUCCGAGGCCAACCUGCCUCGGACCGCCCAACGGCAGGUUUUGUCGAGAACGUGAACCGUGCAGUCGUCGCUCUAAGCCGAGCAAAGAGGGGCCUAUAUGUAUUCGGCAACGCCAAGAGUAUUCUGCUCAGCAGCGCCACCAGCCAUGACACCUGGGGCUUUGUCUACGAAACGUUCAAGCAGCAGGGCAGGAUUGAGGACUACCUUCCAGUAUCUUGCCAGACGCAUGGAAAUAUUACUCCAAUCCACAGGGCGGCUGACUGGGCAUCGAUUAUUCCAGGAGGUUGUGCCAAUACAUGUGGUCUUAAACUCCCUUGUGGCCAUGGAUGCGUUGCACUUUGCCAUGCGAAGUGCAAGUGUGCACAUCUUUGCGAAAAGAACAAUGAGAGCCUCUCUCAAAAGAGCUCAGAGCCGAAAAGCAAGCCUUCAAGUGUCACAUCAUACAUUUCCAACGACAAAUUACUCCAGGGCAACUUUCGCAGCUUAUUCGGCUCACCAGACAACUCUACACCCCGAGAAUCUCUUCAAUCUCGGGUCAAUGACUACUUGGCCCCUAAUAGAGAAGAGCAACAUUCAGAGCCAUCUCUUGUGCGGGGCUGGAAUGCACAAAGCAUUGAAACAAACGACAUGGUGCUCGAACAACACCGUAGAAAGAAGUCUUCCUCACAGGGCUCAUCUGUUCAAAUCCGAGAGACAUUUACGCAAAUAACGAUUGACGAUAAAUGCCAACGUAUUGUGGACGAGAGCAGCCUUCCAAAGAUCAAAAAAACGAAGGUUGAGACAAAUCUUCUCAUUGACAUAGACGAAUAG